CCGCUCGGGCUCUUCCAACUACGCUCAUCCGCUUCAUCGUCGAUCGGUUCCCAACAACAAACAUGAGUGUCGGCAUGCUGCGCGGUUUACUCGAGGGGCUUCGAAAGCCCUCUUCGGGUUUGCUGUCGCUCGCGGUGCAGACCCCGUACGUGGAACAAGUUCGUGGCUACCCUACACAGAAGUACUUCAAGAUUCUUGCGGAGAACAGGAAGAGGAACCGGAUCCGAAAGUUACAGAAGCUCGAACAACCGAAGAAAACAUUCGCCGAGAUCCAGAAAUCGAAGCUCAAAAGAACGGUUCUAGGGAGUCGGAGGUACACAGAGAAGGACUGGCCGAAACAGAUAAACUCUGACGAUGUGCAUCUGCUGAAAGAAGUCGUGCGACCAACGUUCGAUCUAGAGUCAUGUAUCCAGAUGCAUCGAGAGGUCCUCCACCCGCAGAUGUACAAUCAUGCGAACUCAUUAGUUAUGGCGACCGUGGAACUUGAUAUGACGUCGAAGAAGAGGGGUCAUUUCGUGGAUCAGAUCUCGGGUUCCCUGCUACUGCCUCAUUUCUUCGAAUACAAACGUCAAGUCACGAGGAUACUGUGUUUCACGAAAUCACCGGACGAAGCUACUUUGGCAUUGGAAAGAGGAGCCAAUUUGGCGGGAGGCGAGCAAUUGGUCAAGAAGAUAGAGGCUGGUGAAGUUGACGUAGCUUCGUUCGAUACGGUCGUUUGCGAUCUCAACAUGUAUGAGAAAAUCCAAUCGCUGAAGAACAUUCUCAAGAAGCAAAUGCCUCGGUUGGGGAACACAGACGCUAUCAGUGAAGAUGUGCUGAACCUCAUCGAACGCCACCGCAAAGCGGUUCUCUUCUCGGCUUCGGGUGAUUUGUACGAGCCCGACUACGCUGCCUUCACGGUACCGAUCGCGCGGCUCCAAAUGCCCAUCGACCACAUUCGGGCGAAUAUCAAGGAACUCUUCGUCGGGGUGAACCAUCUAGGACCCAGAGGACGACCACCGAAUAGCUUCAUCACCGAGAUAUUCCUGUCUUGUCCACCGUCUCUUGAGAGACUGGUUCUGGAUAAAACACCUUUCCUCAUAGCCCCUUCACAGAACGCGCCGGCGGGACGAGCUCGAGCGCCGACUGCAGAGCCAGAAGAAUAACUCGUUGAUUUAGAAAUGAAUAAAUUCGGUGCGUUCCCCAAAA